GUAUAUUUGAUCCUGGCGUAUCGCGAAUCGGCGCGUAAUGUGCGUAAUCGCGGAGAGACGGGGGGUGUGACGUCACGGCGAAUCGCGUGAUCCGCGCGAGGAACGAGGGAGAGAGACGGGACGAGCGACUUUUGCGUUCUCCUUUCCGUCAGAAUGCCGCGAGUUAAAGACCCGCCGCGUGCGCACGCGUUAACCUCAGUUCACGGCUGUUUUUCCGUCGUGGAUGCUGUCCCGAGGUGGUUGGUCGCGACUUUGAUUAAUUCGACCGGUUCCGCAGCUAUCUUCGUCAUCUCGUUGAGGGUCUUGACAUUGGAUCCUAGCCCCUUGGCUGCGAUAUAAAUAAAGUGAUAGAGGCAGGAGAAGGGCGGCUGGCGCCGGUCGCGAGGAAGCCAACAGUGGAGGAGCCGCGAGGAUGACAGAUCCCAAGAUCGAGAUGCACUACACGCCGCCGACGUCGGAUACCAUCCAAACGAAGCCGUUCCCGAUACGAGGUGAACGAGCGAAUUUCGUGAACAAGCCUCAUGUGAUCGCGAUGGUCGGCUUGCCGGCACGCGGCAAGACCUACAUAUCCAAAAAACUGUGCAGAUAUCUCAAUUGGAUCGGCAUAAGCACGAAGGUCUUCAACUUGGGCGAGUAUAGGCGACACGCCACCACGGCUUAUCAAUGCCACGAAUUCUUCCGUCCCGAUAAUAUAAAGGCCAUGGCGAUACGCACACAGUGCGCGAUGGACGCUCUGAACGAUGUCUGCCAGUGGCUGGAGAGCGGCGACGGCGAAGUCGCCGUCUUCGACGCCACCAACUCCACCGUGGAGAGACGCCAACUCAUACGCGACAUUGUCGUCCACAAGAUGGGCUUCAAACUCUUCUUCGUCGAGUCGGUGUGCAACGAUCCGGAGAUUGUCGAGCAGAACAUUAUGGAAGUGAAGGUCAGCAGUCCGGAUUACGCAAACAUGAACAAGGAGGAGGUGCUCGCGGACUUCAUGCUGCGAAUCGAGCACUACCAGGAGAAGUAUCGGCCGUUAGACGAGAACCACGAGAGCGACCUGUCGUUCAUGAAAAUAUACAACACCGGCGAGAAGGUGCUGGUCCAUAAGCACGAAGGCCAUAUACAAAGUAGAAUAGUUUACUAUCUUAUGAACAUUCAUAUUGUGCCACGCACGAUUUACUUAACCAGGCACGGUGAGAGCCUGAUGAAUCUCGACGGCAGGAUAGGCGGCGAUGCGGACCUGAGCGACCGUGGACGAGAAUACUCCAAGGCGCUGGCGAACUUCAUCACCAGUCAGGACAUACAGGGCUUAAGAGUCUGGACUAGCUGGCUGAAGAGGACCAUUCAAACGGCAGCCGACGUGAAGGCGCCGCAGGAAAGGUGGAAGGCCCUCAACGAGAUCGACGCCGGUAUUUGCGAAGAGAUGACGUACGAGGAGAUCGCCGAGAAGUAUCCUACGGACUUCGCCGCGCGCGAUCAAAACAAGUUCUCGUAUCGCUAUCCGAGGGGCGAGAGCUAUGAAGACCUCGUCGCGCGUUUGGAACCUGUGAUAAUGGAGUUGGAGCGUCAGGGUAACGUCCUGGUCGUCAGUCAUCAGGCGGUUCUGCGUUGCCUGCUCGCUUACUUCCUGGACAAGAGUGCAGACGAGUUGCCGUAUUUGCAAGUACCUCUACAUACCAUCAUUAAGCUAACGCCAGUUGCUUAUGGUUGUAAAGUGGAGCAUGUCCGGCUACCGAUAGAAGCCGUGGACACCCAUCGGCCGAAACCAAAGAUACCAGGAUAUCUAGAGGAACGAUUCAGAGAAAAGGGGAAAGUGCUACGCACGUGAUAACAACGAUUUUGUAGAAAUCGACGCAGCUAAUUUCUACCGUUCGUAAGAGAGGCUGAAGCAGCAUAGAUUCUCGACGAUCGAUUGCUGCCUCCCCUCCCGCGUACGUAAAUCAGCGCGCAUCCGAAUCCUUCCCUAUGUGCCAGACAACCUAGAGAAUGAGAUACACACACACACACACACACCUGAAAUUGCAAAUUAACAAAUAUGUCCUCCGGAAGUGUAGACGGAAAAGAUAUUCGUAGCAAUACGUUCCGCAUGACGACAGUGCGUGUGCAAUUGUGGUUUUAUAUUUUUCGGUCGGUCCCCGUGGAAGAGCGAGGAAAUGUAUGUGAUAACAAAGUGAUCGCGAAGACGCUUGAUGUGUGAUCAUCUAGACGACAUGAAAUUUUCGGAAUGCUACUAACGAUAAGAAAGAGAGUGACGUAAGAAGAGAGAAAAGGAUUAGCGUAAUUCUAGCAAAAUUUAUUAUAAUUUCCGUGCUUUGAAAUAUUUCCUUCUCGACGUGUAACUAACACUGAAUGACGAAGAUCUACGUGUACAACACGCGCUUCCAAAAUCACAAUAUCUUAUUCUCGUCCGGUAGAAAUACUUCAAAGCAUCGUCUUGCUUGAUUCAAAGCUGAAAGCAAAUGUUUUAAUAGGAAUAACGUUUCAACUGUUCAAAGGGUUACAAAAGAAUUCUGAUAGGUGUACAAAUUUGGAGUUGUAAAUAAGUAGUAUGAAUGUUAUAUAUAAUAUUAUAUAUAUAUAUAAUAUAUAUAAUAUUAUAUAUAAUAAACAAUAUUUUGGUAUAAAGAAUUAGAUUUUAUGAUAGAUAUCAACAUCACUGUGUUUAUCUCAAUUUUGCAAAAGAACUAUGCUUCAUCGGUAACCAUCCUGACUUCAACAAAAGUGAUCUGAAAUUAGUAUCAGUUUUGUUUUUUUUUUACUAACUAAAUUACUAUUAAGGCAUUUUUUCAACAUUUUUCUGCAGAACAGAAUUGAAAUAGACACAAUGAUGUUAAUAUUUAUUAUAAAAUCUAAUUUUUUAUAUCAAGAUAUUAUUAAUACACAUAUAACAAAAAAUUCAUACUCUUAUUAAUUUACAAUUUUUUAUAAUUCUCUAAAUUUUAUCUAAUUUUUCUUAGGUUCAUGUAACCCUCUAAAACAUCAUGGAAUCCCUUCGGAUCAAUCAAGCGCUUUUUUUCAAGAAAGCAAUCUGUGGCAAUCUAAAGGCCAUGAAUCGUGACACAUUAACAAUAAUACUCGACUUCAAACCAUAUAAUGAUUAUUGAAACAGUAUGAUAUGUUAGAUUGAGCGAUAAUAUUUCUUUAUUAAACUACUGAAUUUGUACAGUUCAAUUCUUUAUUGAAUAUAUAUAUAUUGCAAUUUCAUAUAUUGAGCAGUUAAAAUACAGAUUUCAAUUACUGAUACAUGUAUGUAUCUCCAUCAACAUGAGAAACAGAUAUAAUAAAUGACAUACAAUUUUAA